GGCAGCGGGCGUCUGAGCCGAUAUCGAGCCGGCCGUGACAGAAGAGUCAUUCCCUCUCUGGGAAAAUGCCCAACGACCGGCCCGGUUCUGAUAAGCUGUGGGGCCUGUCUGGCGUGCAUUAAGCGAGAGCAUAAGUGGCGGGUGCCUAUGUAG